AUGUUAAAAAAUACGCUAUCAUCGAGACAACUCCGCGACGAGUCACAGUCUUACGACAGGUGCCUCCGUCAUUGCGACAACCAUCCGCCAAGCUGUGCUGUCCUGAGCAGCGUAACUGGGCCAUCAGACGGAAAACAGGAAGACCGAGAGUGUCACGUCACAAUAUUGCCCACUGUGCGUACGACGGUGGGCAAGGCCGCAGAAAGCGAGAGGCAGCGCGCUGCCGCAGGGAAGGCCAAGGCCGAAGCCGGCAGCGGCGGGUGGCGGGCGAGCGCACCGGCGCGGCUCGGCAGUCGUCGCUGGCGGACACCGCAGGCCGGAGACGCGCCGUGCUGCACACGCGAGAGCGAGCUGAGGAUGCUGACGUGGUGGUCGCAGUGGGCGCUGCGGCUGCUGAUGCUGGCGGCGCGGCCCGUCGCGCUGGCCGUGGUGCGCGCGCGCCUGCUGUUCGCGCCGCGCCGCGCCGUGCCGCCCGUAUCCGACCCCGUGCUGCUCGUGCCGGCGCACCAGCUCGCCGCCGCCAUCCGCAGCGGAAAGCUGUCUAGCGAGCGCGCGGUGCGGGCGUACAGCGAGCGGGUGCGGCUGGUGCAGCCGGUGGUGAACGCCGUGGUGGAGGACCGUCUGGCCGCCGCCCUAGAGGAGGCGCGCCGCGUCGACCACCUACUGGCCGUGGGGGCGGCGCCGCCCCCGGAACAACAGCCUCUGCUCGGCGUGCCGCUCACCGUCAAGGGCAGCUUCGCCGUCGAGGGGCUGAGCCACGCUUGCGGACGACUGACGCACGCGGCGGUGAAGGCGGACCGCGACGCGGAGGCGGUGAGCCGCCUCAGGGAGGCCGGCGCCAUCCCGCUGCUGGUGAGCACCACGCCCGAGCUGGGCCUCUGCUACGAGACCUAUGAGAAGAUCCACGGCGUUACCCGCAACCCCUACGAUACCAGACGCACCCCCGGCGGCUCAUCUGGCGGCGAGGCGGCGCUGCUGGGGUCCGCGGCGUCAGUGGUGGGUCUGGCGUCCGACGUGGGCGGCUCCGCGCGCCUGCCGGCCCUCUUCUGCGGCGUCUUCGGCCACAAGCCGUCGCCAGGCGUGGUGCCGCACGAGGGCCACAUCCCGUCGGGCUCGGACAAGCGCUGGCCGCGCUUCUUCUCGGCGUCGCCCAUGUGCCGCUACGCGGGGGACCUGCCCCUCAUGCUGCACGUCCUCGCCGGGCCCCUCGCCCCGGACCUGCGCCUCCUACAGCCGGUGUCGGUGCAGUCGGUGCGCGUGCUGUACAUGGAGGACGACGGCGGCGGCGUGCUGACGGACUCGGUGAGCCGCGCGCAGAAGGAUGCUCUGCGCAGGGCAGUCGCCUGGCUGGACUCCGUGAGGGACCGCCCGGCCCAGCAGGUUCACAUCAAGGGUCUGCGGCACUCGGUGCGGUUAUCGGCGCCCCUCAUGAUGAGCAUGCAGCUGCACCAGCAUCCGCUCAUGAAGGCGGACGACCCCAACGACUGCGAGAACCUGGCGCUGGCGCUACUGAAGAUGAUGGUGUGCCGCCUGCCACAUAACAUGUACGUCUUCCACUACUCCUUCCUCAAGAAGUGGGUCAACAACCUGCCCGAAUCAACGUUACGAGGGCUCGCCGAUGAAGUGGACGAGCUACGUCGAGAGAUUUGUGAGCUGCUGGGCGAGGACGGCGUGCUGCUGUACCCGACGGCCCCGUACCCGGCCAACGUGCUGUUCGAGCAGUUCGUGCGCUUCCCCAACAACGCCUACCUGGCCAUCUUCAACACGCUGGGGCUGCCAGCCACGCACUGUCCGGCAGGCCUGGACCCCAGCUCCGGCAUGCCCCUCGGCCUGCAGGUGGUGGCGGCGCCGAACCAGGACCGUCUGUGCUUCGCGGUGGCUCGCGAGUUGGAGGCGGGGCUUGGGGGUUGGCAGCCGCCAGCGCCCCACGCUGGCGCUGCUGCCGCCCCCACCACCGCCGCCGGCGACGCCGCCUCCGCAACCGCCCCUGCCGCCGCCACCGUCAUCCCAAUCGGCUCUUAGCGCCGCCGUCCGCCUUUGAACUGCCGCGAUUGAACCACUAAGGAGCAACUCUGGCCAUCGCCACUCACCUGUGGCUGUGCUAACCUUCCAGCUGCCGCCGCGCCCUCACAAUGCGUCAAAAGAGUCGGUGCUAGCGUGUCUUCCUGUUCUUACAAGCAAUAGUUUGAAAAUUGUCAACGGUUUUCUCCGUUUUUUAUCACGACUGAUUGAGUUUUCAAAGGACUGCAGACUUAAAAAGCUCUCUGUCAGAGAUUGCUUAGCGUAACGAAAUACCUACUCAGCAUCAAACACCAUGAAAUUUAGCGUUGCAUUCGGGUGGCUUAUUUGAUUAUGUGACUGGCAAUAAUCUCUUGUGAAGUUUCGAGAAACUACUUCUCAUGAAUUCACCACUAUCCUGUUGGGAGCAAUACGUGUGUUCUUUCUGCAUCCUUCGCUCUUCCGUCUUCUGUAUUGGCUAUACAGAUACGAAUGUUACUCCUGUUUUACUGAGGAAAAUAAUCUUACACGAUGACGUACGAUACCCGCCCCUGCCUUCGAGGCCGCUAAAGCGUAGCUCUGUGACAGCGCUCGACUUACAGACAGCCGGUUUGAAUUUUGAUUCAUCAGUAUGUGGCCAGGGGACGUGGUGGAGGAGUAGUUAUAAACAUCAGGUUUAACAUCAAUGUCCUCAGUUCAAAUUCCACAUCUGCUCGGACUGCCACAUACGAGGGAUAGUAGUUUUUGAUACCAAUUCGCCUGUCGAAUGGAAACUAAAGUCAGCAGUCCUCUGACAUUUUUGGAAGUAAUAAUUACGCUCGUCAUCAACUACAAAAACUUGACUCUGCACCUUAUUUACACUACUCACGGCCACCUAUACGAAAUAGUUACGCAGUUCGCAAGGUUGAGAAAGCGAAUAAAGGAAACCUUUCAGGUUUAGGUGGCUGCGUUUCUUGGAUGCUCCACAGCCAACAAUUCUACACAUUUAGUUUUACCUUCUGACGAUUUUAAUUUAACAAAUUAUGACGAUGUGAAAAUUUGUUACGCUCAAAGAACUCAUAGAUCGACAAACAAAGAGAGGGAGGGACAGAUGAACGAAGGAAGUAAUCACAAUGUCAAGAAGGUAAAGUCAUUUUUCUACCUGAAAAUACCGGUUGACAAAAAUAUAACUGACCGGGAAUAUUUUUGAGUCUAAAACAAAAUAAGCUGGUCUAAUUAUUGAACAAGAUAACUGCACUUUACACACAAUUGUAAAUCUUCCGAUUGCAAAUGAUAUUCUUGCUGUAUAAAUGAAAUUGUCAAAGUUUCGAAAUCGCUUUUCGGGACAACUUUAACUUGGUCGACCUGUACCACAAUAUCCUUCAGAAAUUUCGAAAAAAAGACCGAUUACACUUCUGAAAUCUACGUGAGAAGCGGGCAUAAUUUUAACAAUUUUAAAACUAAAUGAAAUAUUUACCAUGAAACGAAAUAAAGUUCAACUUCCAAGUAUUAAGGAAUACGCUCCAGUAUUUUGUGAUCGCAGCUAUAGUCCUGAAACUAACAGAAUGCCCAGGAGCUAGUGACGCCAGUUUUUUUUUCUCGUGACUUCACUAGUGCAACAAAGUUUUGUGUCUUUACCAAAAGUUUCAUAGCAUCUAGCUGCUUCGUAAUACGCAAAUCCUUUUAUUUUUCUGUUGCUUCUGUAUUAUUAAAUGUAUAUAACUAUUCUUUUGAAGAUAAUUUACAUAUUACUGAACACUAUACUUUUCGUAAAUUUUGUGUGCUCUCUGUACUACAGCACAUGACUGAUUAAGAUAAAGAAACUGGUGACCAUCUAACAUAAAAGUCACUAAUUGGCCUUCCAGGCCGAAGAUCUAUGACACGACGUGAAAACAGUAACAAGCAGUGGAGUUGUGUGCUGCAUGGAAACGUAUGCGGUGCACUAGACAUUGAAAAGAUGCGUACUCUUAAAAUUUUGCACUCUCGAUUUUCACUACUGAUGCUGCAGUUGUGAUAAUAUUGUGAAUGAACAAAAAACUAGCAUAGAAUACAGAAGUGUAAAAUGUUAACUGUAAACAAACAAUGGGUCCAUGUGUAUCUGUAAUUAUGUACUAGAUUAUAGGAGCUUCAACGAUGUGUAAAAAUAACUGAUGUAAAUGUAAAAACUA